GUAAACACUCAGGAAAUAACUCAGAGGAUUGCUGGAAGGAAUGAAGGAGACUAUGCUUUCAUCUGACGAGCACACAGACUUGUAACCUAUGUUAUUUUGUAUCGUGCAUAUAUAAUAUUUCGUCAUUUACAUUCUGUCUCUAUAUAAAGAGUCACCAUGUUAGAUUUUUUCAGAUCUAGAAAGGAGAAGGCGCUGCGUCAUAAAGUCCAGGAAGCUAUUAAAGGAAAUAAUCGAGAAGAACUCUGUAUGUUAUUGUCUGAGAAUAAAGCUUGCAAACUAAUCAGGAAAACUGAUGGGAUUUUCCUACAUGGAUGUCUACUUAAUGCUGUAGGAGCAAAUCGUUCUGAAUGUAUUGAAGAGUUGUUAAAAGCUGGAGUCAAACCAUGUUAUGAACAAAGGCGUAACACUCUAAUGCAUGCAAUUUUUACAGAGCAGGUCAGUAUCCUCAGGCUGCUGUUAGAGUAUGGAGCAAAUCCUGAUGCUGGCCUCAGACUGAAACAACCUUUGUACUAUGCAGCAAAUUUUGCAGAUCUGACUUGUUUUCGAAUGUUGCUACUUUAUGGCGCUGAUCCAGAUUACAACUGUUCACAUCGUGAUUUCUUAAACAGUUAUCCAGAUUUCCCAUCACUAUUAGGGAUGUGUCUUGCCAACAACUAUGAGGUCCAAUUUGUGGAGCUGCUCAUCCAGUUUGGUGCUAAUAUGUACUUACCUGAUAUACAGAAAACCCGGAUCCAAGUUGAUAAUGAUGCAGCAAAACUUCUGGACAGAGAAAUGGUUCACCCAAGAUCCCUGAUGUCUCAGUGUCGUAUCGCUAUAAGAAGGUCAAUGAAACAAGUGGGGAAGCUCGGUCUCAUUGAUCAGCUAGAAAUCCCCAAGAGGCUUUUGAGAUACUUACAGUACCACGAUGAGCUGGAUAACACAGAGAAGCUGCCACGAUAUUAUGCAGAAAGAAACAAGGUAUACUGUUGUUUUCCGGAGCACAAUUUAGUAUGAAACCAAUGAGAUCAGGGAAUGCUCAGUGACGGCCCACAGUGACCAUUCUGGAAGGAGGGGAUGUUGAGGAUGACUUUGCUAUCAAAGAAUCGAUAACCUACUGAUGAGUUAUAAUGUCUCUGCACUAUUCCAAUUAACUCUUUUGGAUCAUAUACUACUGUUAUAAGGAAUUGCACAAAUAUGACAUAAUAAUAUGUUGCUACCUGUAUUCUCCCAAUUAUCCCCUUUACAAGCUAGAACUGUUGAAGGCUACUUUCACAUCAGCAUUUUGGCUUUCUGGUUUUGAAAUAGGGCAAAAAGGUUCAGUUUUGUCCCCAUUCAUUGUCAAUUGGGACAAAACUGAUCGGGAUGCAUUAGUAUGCAGCAGUUCUGUUUUGUGAACAGUCUGCGAAAUAGAACAAACUGGAUCCAGCAUGAAAAUCAAUGUAAGUCAAUGGUGCCGGAUCAGUUUUUUAGUUAUAAAAAAAAACGGAUCCAUCAUCCAUUUACAUAGAGAUUUUAAUGUCAGAUCCAGUUUCUUCUGUCUCGAUUUAAUGGCAUACAAACGGAACAGAUGCAUAGUGUUGUAUUAAAUGAAACUGAUCUGUUUAUUCAGGUUUUGAGAUCCUUUGCCGACUAUCAAAACCUGAAUAAAAAAAGCAGAUGUGAAAGUAGACUAAGGCUACAUGCACACGACCGUAUUUUG